ACAGAUAUGUGUACUACUUAUACAGUACUCAAUCUAAAAUGUCACAUUUUUAGUAUCUUAUCUUUAGUGAGAAAAGGUUCGUGUAAAAAUGCAAUGCAGAUACAGGAGACAAUAUGUAACGUAUCCUUGUUGUGCGUAACGUCCGGUGUGUGCAUCGUGCAGUGAACUUGACGCACCUCCGUCCUGAGGGGUGUGUUCAAAGAUUUAAAUCCCUCGCACAUGCGCAGAUGCUGCUCCGUGCUGCUGGGUGCGCCAUAUUGGCUGGCUUACAUGGGGAGUACAUCUAUGGAGUGGAGCUGUGCAAAUCGCUUGUAAAACCUAACCACUUUCCGAGCAUGAAGCAAUUCGAGGACAGCAAGUAAAUCAGCGCGGUAGGAUUUAUUUGUUUCCUUGAGUGCAAAGUAUUUUAACUUGUCAGUUAGCUCGCUAUUUUCCUGUGGAGAGGCUCUCGGUAAAGUCGAGUCCAAUGGAUCCCAGGACCGCUUGGAUCCAGCCGGAGCAGAAGGGACCUGCAAAUUCCCUGUGGAUGCACAUUUGGGAAACCUCUCAGGGAUUUGGAGCAAACUCCGGCAUCGACAACCUUCACCACCAAGGCAACUUUACGACGCAAAACGCACACUCCAAGGACUCAAACGGCGAGUGUUGCAGAAACGUAGCGCCGCCGCCGGGGGUUGUGUUCGGGAAGCUGCCGGAGCGAGACGGCGGCGGAGACAGGGGGAGUGUCCGGAGGAAGGGCUCGUUGUCGCCGUCCUCCUCCUCUCUGGACUCGGAGGCCGAGAGCUCCUCGCCUUCCGGCUCCUCUCUGCAGAUCGACAAUUUGAACGUCGCAGAAGAGGCCAGCCGGUUCCUACACUACGGCGAGCAUGAGUUGAACGAGAACAAUCUUAGACAGAAACACCCCCCUCCGCCGUUUCACACUGUUCAGCAGCAACACUGUCGCAGCAUGCAACAAUCUGGCGGCCACACCCCCAGUGGGAUGAAAAAUCAGCGUGGGAACAAGCACCACCAUUAUCAGUCACAUUCAUCCGGCCGCAGAAGGCAUCUGAACAGAGCCAACACUUUUCAUGGCAUCAACCCGGCCCUGUCCUACGGCUGCAACGGACACUAUGUAGACUCCUCCUGCAGUCUGUGGAAAACCAGGCGAUACAGCCCGGGUAUAAAUGGUCUUCAUGAAGAGAUAGUGGACUUUUUCAACUUCAUGUCACCACGACCAGAGGAGGAGGCCAUGAGAAGAGAUGUUGUGAACCGAAUAGAAAAUGUCAUCAAGGACUUGUGGCCCACAGCACGGGUGGAGAUAUUUGGCAGCUUCAGCACAGGACUCUAUCUUCCAACAAGUGACAUUGACCUGGUGGUGUUUGGAAAGUGGGACCAUCCCCCACUGCAGGAACUGGAACAAGCCCUAAAGAGACACAAUGUGUCUGGCCCAUAUCCCAUCAAGGUCCUCGACAAAGCUACAGUGCCAAUCAUCAAGCUUACCGAUCAUGAAACAGAGGUGAAAGUGGACAUAAGCUUCAAUGUAGAGACUGCUGUCAAAGCAGCACAGUUCAUCAAGAGCUACCUUAAGAAAUACACUGUUCUGCCACCCCUGAUCUUCGUUCUGAAGCAGUUCCUACUCCAGAGGGAUCUGAAUGAAGUCUUCACUGGAGGCAUCAGCUCUUAUAGCCUCAUAUUAAUGGCCAUCAGCUUUCUGCAGUUACACCCUCGCAUCGACACACGACGUGCCAACAUCAACCUGGGCAUCCUACUGAUUGAAUUCUUUGAGCUGUAUGGCCGUGAUUUCAACUACAUGAAGACCGGCAUCCUGGUGAAGGAUGGAGGAGCCUACUUGUCCAAGGAGGAAAUGCUCAAAGCCAUGGGCAAUGGGAACAGGCCCUCCAUGCUCUGCAUAGAGGAUCCAAUUCAGCCAGGGAACGAUGUGGGCAGGAGUUCAUAUGGUGUCCUGAAAGUCAAGCAGGUGUUUGACUUCGCCUACAUGGUGCUGAGUCAUGGUGUGUCUCCUCUAGCACGUGCUUACCCCAACAAAGAAUAUGACAGUACUUUAGGACGCAUCAUCAAGGUUAGCCCCGAGGUGUUGGCCUACAGGGACUGGACAAUCAGGAAAUGGGGAGCCAAGCAGUACGCCAAGCUGGAGAACCAUGAUGUAGAGACCUGUGAGCAGGACCUUGCAAGGCUGAUGCUGGUUUCUGUGGAGGAUCAGAGAGACACUUCCUCCCCCCUCAGUGCUGACUCCCCCUCACCUUCUCCAGUCUUCCUCGGCAGCCCUCAACACCAUUCAUCAUCAUCCUCUCCAUGCUCACUCUCCUCCUCCUCCUCCGGAAGUGACAUAGAGUCUGAUUCUCCCCCAAGCAGUAAUGGUGCAAUCCCUCUACACCCCUUUACCCUGGCCUCAGUCCAUGCAAUGAUGCAGAUGGCUACUGACCUUAGGGCCACACAUCCAGCAGGCUUUAUCCACACCACAUCUCAGAUGCCUCUCCCCUCUCUCUCCAAUUGCCAGUUCUACCACGAGAAUCUGCCUUCCAUCAGCGUUGUGCACCGUCAGACAUCACAAGCUGUCUCCCAGCACACUAACUCCUCGAGCCCUCUACCCAGCCCCCUCCACCAACUCCACCACCCUCAGGUAGGAGGGCAGCAGAGCCACACGUACGCCAUGAGAUCUGAUUCCCAUGGCUCAUUUGAGCCACACAGAUUUGGCUUCAAGCACAACCAAGGCGGUAGCCUCCGAGGUCAAAAUCACUCUCAAGGUAACUUCAGUCCUCAGCGGCGGUUUGUUCCCCAGGGUCACAACACAGCACCGGGUUUCAGGAACCAACAGCAGUACAGCCGUAACACCUGGCGACGCAAAAAGAGGGACAAUCUUCCUGCUCUUAACCAGAGUAGAUGAAAAACUGAAGCUGUUUUUGAAGGCCUCACUCAGCCCCUCAUGCGUCUUCAGUGCCAUGAACGAUUCAUUAAACGUGUUUUUUGUUGGAGAUUCUCAGAAACCAACCUUCAUCAUCCUGGAAGUCCCAAGUCAAUUCAAGUCAUCUCAAGUUGUUCAAGGUGACGAAAGAUCAAUCUCUGUUAGCUUUGUGAAAGCACUAAGUGAUGCUACAAAACUCUUGCAGGUGAAGAGAGACUGACUGUGAUAGGCCUCAAGUCUAAACUGUGCUUAUAUUGUCACAUCAGUCUGAUUGUUGUCUGAAGUCCUUCCUCUAAUUUGAUGCACACCAGCACAGACUUGAGUUGACUUAGGAUUCCCGGACUGGCUCUUCUCUCCAGUGUCACUUUCCCACAGCUAAAGACUAUAGCUGGUUGGUUGAAGAGCUCGGUCAGGUAUUGAUUUUUUUUUUUUUUUUUUUUUUUUCCCCCCCAUCUCAGCAAGCAACGUCAUGUGCCAUAGUACUGAACUGGUUCAUCAAACCCUACCUGGUCUUUUUUGAAGUUUUGACUCCUGUCGGGCCUUUUUGAUCAGGUUUUACGGCUCAUUUGGUCUUCUGGAUGCAACUCCAUUAGCUACGCUCUUGAUUCAGAGCUCUUACAGCUUGAACUAUAAUCAACCAAUUGUACUCUGGACUGAAGCGAAGCACUACCUUUCUACCUAUGCAGCGCAACGCUGACUUGAUGUUUUUGGUGUGAUGGCACAAAACGGACCUUGUCUCAAGUGCUUAAACUGUGAUGACUUGUUUGAAUGUACCAAGUGUUUAUUUUUUUGUGUGUUUAUUCUCUAUUGUUCUCUUUGUUUUUGUCACUGAGGGAUUUUUUUUCGUUCACAUUGGCACUAUUAUGUUUUGUACUGUAAACAUUGCCACCUUAUUUUACGUUUGUUGCAUUUAUGUGCAAUAAUUACUUGCUUUUAUUUAAUUUAUUUCACAUUUUAGUUUUAUUUCAGGGGUUUUCCCCACUAUAAGUUAGCUUUUUUUUUUUUUUUUUUUAGACUACAUUGACCUGUGCAAUAGAUGGAUUUUUAAGGGCCUUGAAGGAAUGUUUGUAUGUGUGUGUGUACAGCUUUCCAACUGAAGGGGGAGCUAUGGUAUAGCAACAUGAGAAAUGUGCCAAAAAUCCCAUUAUGCCAACAUUUUACUCAUGUUUAAUUUACCAUCGCAUUAUGAUCACUUGAAAUUUUGCUGACCACCUGUACAAAUAUUUUUCCACCACUAGUUCUCAUUUUAAACAUAUCACUCUUUUCAAUAGUUUUAGUUUAGUUUAGUUAGAGUUAUUUUGGGUGUAUUUUCUUAUAGGCUACAUUGGAGAAAUUCACCCUUUUUGCUUUUUGUCAUGUCAUUUCAAAAAUGGUUGGUGCUACUUAUUACCAGCAAAGUGCUUGUUUUCUGCCUUAUAUCAAUGAUUCUGUUAAAGCAACAGGUUGACUGCCUUCUUAAACGACCAAAUUUUCCCUUUUUCCUGUACGUAGCCAGAGCUUUCUGUAUAUGUGUCUGAAAGCACUGCCAGUUUUACUUGGCUUUUACUUUUUUUCCAUGCCGCUUCCAGGUGUAUGCUCCAGGAGUAGACUCCUACUGCAGUUGGUUAUUAGCAUCAUGUCAUCAUGUCUUUCAGGUUUCUAUCCAUGUUCUUGGUUCUUGGUGUGAGAGUCCAUAUCCUUUAUUUCUCUUUGAUAUGUAAAGUCAUUAUUCCCAAGACAAGGUUUCAAAGCUACAUUAUUUACGCAGCAAUCCAUAAGAGGACUUGAGUUUGGGAUAUCUCACAUUUACCAUUGCAGGAGUUGAGUAACAAAACCACAAGAGUCUACAGUUAUUACAAAACCCUGUGGACCAAGAUGAUGGAGUCAACAUCAUACUGUUAACAUUAUCCCCUUGUUUUCAGCAUGACCUUUCAUUAAGCUAUCUAGAGGAUAAUUGGUCCAUUGUUACUCUUUUGCCACAAACCAAAUCCCCAGCUCAUAUCUGUGUAAUUAAGGAUGGAUUGUUAUGUGUAAAUGACUGACAUAUAGAUAUAUUCCUUGUUUUUUUUUAAAUCUAAGUUUUUCUAUUUUUUUAAUAAACAUUUUAAAACUCCA